ACCCAAAUUGCUUACAGCCCUCUCUCUCUCUCUCUCUCUCUCUCUCUCUCUCUCUCUCUCUCUCUCUCUCUCUCUCUCUCUCUCUCUCCAAAAUAUCUCCUCUCAAAUUUCCUAUCACAACAGGUAUACCCCUCCAUAUAUAAGAAUCACAGUAACCUUUCUUUCUUAAUUUCCACCAUCAUCAUCAUCACCAUCAACAACACCAAAAACACAAACAGUAACAUCAUCAUCAUCAAAAUUACUACUGUAAACCACAUGAACCAAAUCUCUCUCAUAUAAUUAAAAAAAAAACCAUAUAACCCUAAAAAACAAACACCAUGUCCCUUGAAGACUCACUAAGAUCUCUUUCUUUAGAUUACUUAAACCUUCUCAUCAACGGACAAGCCUUCAGCGACGUCGUUUUUAGCGUCGAAGGUCGAUUAGUUCAUGCUCAUAGAUGCAUCUUAGCUGCAAGAAGUUUAUUCUUCAGAAAAUUCUUUUGUGGGCCAGACCCACCUUCUGGUCUUGACCCAUCAGGAAACCGAGUUAACUCAUCAUCAACACGCUCUGGUGUUAUUCCUGUUAACUCUGUUGGAUAUGAAGUUUUCUUGUUGAUGCUUCAGUUUCUUUAUAGUGGUCAAGUUUCUAUUGUUCCUCAGAAACAUGAACCUAGGCCUAAUUGUGGUGACCGUGGUUGUUGGCAUACACAUUGUACCUCAGCUGUUGAUCUUGCUCUUGAUACUCUUGCUGCUGCUCGAUACUUCGGCGUCGAACAGCUUGCAUUACUCACACAGAAACAACUAGCAAGCAUGGUGGAAAAAGCUUCCAUUGAAGAUGUAAUGAAAGUGCUACUAGCAUCAAGAAAACAAGACAUGCACCAACUAUGGACCACAUGUUCCCACCUCGUAGCAAAGUCAGGUCUUCCACCAGAAGUUCUAGCAAAACACCUCCCUAUUGACAUUAUAGCCAAAAUCGAAGAGCUUCGAAUCAAAUCAUCCUUAACACGCCGCUCCUUAAUCCCUCACCACCAUCAUCACCCUCACCACCAUGACCACCUCUCCGCAGCAGCCGACCUAGAAGACCAAAAAAUCCGUCGAAUGAGACGUGCCCUCGAUUCCUCAGACGUCGAGCUAGUAAAACUAAUGGUAAUGGGAGAAGGUCUUAACCUUGACGAAGCAUUAGCAUUACCUUAUGCUGUUGAGAAUUGUAGUAGAGAAGUUGUGAAAGCCUUAUUAGAACUCGGUGCAGCCGAUGUUAACUUCCCUGCUGGUCCAACCGGUAAAACCCCGCUUCACCUCGCAGCCGAGAUGGUCUCACCAGACAUGGUGGCAGUAUUACUCGACCACCACGCCGAUCCAAAUGUAAGAACGGUCGACGGUGUUACACCUUUGGACAUUUUAAGAACCCUAACUUCAGAUUUUCUAUUCAAAGGUGCUGUCCCUGGAUUAACUCACAUAGAACCAAACAAACUAAGGUUAUGUUUGGAACUUGUUCAAUCUGCAGCUCUUGUUAUGUCAAGAGAAGAAGGGAAUAGUAAUGCUAACAAUACAUCUUCUUCAGCAACAAACAUGUAUCCUCAUAAUAUGAAUGAAGAACAUCAUCAUCAACAUAGCCACAACAGCAACAAUAACAUGGUGUAUCUUAACCUUGGUGCUACUACUCAAAUGAAUUCAAGAUUGGAUUCUGGUGAUGAUGAUAGCAAUCAUAAUAAUCAAAGGGAAAGUAUCAACCACUCCAUGUAUCAUCAUCAUCAUUCUCAUGACUACUAAUUUAUUCAUCUUCCUUUGCAUGCAUAUGAAAUGGUCACCAUUUGAAGUGCGGUUUCAUAUAGGAGAUUGGGAUAAGGGACAAGGAGAAUCUAAUUAUCAUUUUCAUUUUCAUUUACUUUUUUAUUUCUUAGGAAUUAAAGGAUGCAUGGAGAAGACUUAGGUCAAAAUGAAUUUAUUUUCAGAUCUUCAAUUCAUUCACAUGUCAACUCGUUAAUUUGUAUUUACUGAUCAGAAACUAAUAUCACGGCCUAUUUAUUGUCUUCCUUUUAUUACUAUACUAUUCAUCUUGUCCCACACCUACCACUUUCUCUUAACCCUCAAUUAUUUUCAA